CUUUCUCCCCUGAAGCCUCUGACUUGCUACCCCCUCAGCCUUACGAACUCCCUGAUGGCUCCGUCGUAAUUAAUACUCGAAACCAGAAUAACUACCAUUGUCACUGCCGCAUCAUCCUCCGAAGCUAUGAUGCAUGUGAAACCCUCAAGCUCCAGGACAUAACCUUUGACGAAGAACUCAUCGACCCUGUUGUAGCUGCAGGUGCUGCGGCCACCAGCUCUGGUCUGGUCUUCUUCUCAAAUCCAGCUCAUCCAGAAUAUCGGGUAAAUCUGACUAUACGCUGGAGCUUCAGCAAUGGUACUUCAUGGAGGAAAGACACGAUUCAGCUGUGGCCAGGUCCCAGUGGUUACUCAUCCUUGACAGUUCUGGAGGGAGCUCAGACUUGGGGGGACGGGACCCCCCAGCUCUAUGUCUUGUAUGAAAAGGGUCGGAAUAAUUACUUCGAGAGUAUCUCUCUGGCCAAGAUCAGUGUCUAUGGCACUCUCUGAGCCUUACCCCACAGAGAGGAUGAGAAGAUAUGAGGGGUGCCAGGGGCACCUCAGACUUUGUCUUUUAGGACUCUACUGAUCCAUUGUUGUAGAUUUAUGACUCUUUCCCAAGAAGUCAUGAUUUUUGGAAUAUUCAUCUUCCCUUUGAUAGGGAGAUACCUCCUUUAAGACUUUUUGUCUUAUCUCCUCUGACAAACACUAGGCCCUUUUCCCCCUGAGCCUUCAUUUCUUUUUCAGUUAUAAUGCCUUUUUUCACUUAGGAGAUGGGGCCCCAUUUUUCUCCCUACUUCCUCUAGAUCCUAAUAAUCUCUCUUUUAGGGCAGUAGACUGCCCUUGCUCCUAACUCUACUGAUUCCCCCUUCCCCAUCCCUAUCCCUCUUUAUGGUGGGGGAUGAAUUUGCACAAACCUGAGCUCAGGGACUUCUGGUUGGGAGGGGUGCUGAAAUUUAGAGUGGGAGUGAAGGUUGUUGGGGGAUGGUAGGAGAUUUUGGAUGAGGAAAGGACACUUUGGACUGUUUACAGAUCAAUAAGUUAAUCAGUUAAAUUAGUACUUCUAAUGAAGGAAAAUAAGAAUUUGCCAAUGUCUAUUUAUUAAAGCUGUGGUCUCAAUUUCUGUAUGUCUUUGGGUUUCCUAAAUACAGCCAUGAAAGAGAAAAUGAGAUUAGGGAAGAGAGAGCUGUCGUAGAGGAAAGAGCAAAAGGCUUGGGUUUGAGUCCUGGCACUGCUAUUGACUAGCUGUGGUCCUUGACCAAGUUCCUUAAUUGCUCUGAGCCUUAGUAUCAAGGAAUCUUAAGUGUUUGAAACCACAGAGGUCAUCUAAUUCAACGUCUAUCCAAAGCAUGAAUCCCCUCUGUUGGCAUUCCUGCUAAAUAAUGAUCCAGCCUAAUUACCUUUUUUUUUAACAUCACCUUAAUUUCCAAAUAUACCCCUUCUCCCACCCCUACCCAACAAGCUAUUUCUUGUAAAAAGAAGAAAAUAAAAGGUAGUUCAGCAAAAAUACCCAAUGCAUCAACCACAUUUGAUAGCACAGACAGUAGACAGUGUUCCAUACCUAUAGAGGUUCCCCACCUCUGGGAGGGUGAGGGAGGUACAUGUUCUCACAUCUUCUCCAGGGCUAAGCUUGGUCAUUAGAAUUAGACAGCACUCAGUUCUGUAUUUUGUUUUUUCCAUUCACAUGUUUGUAGUCAUUACACAUAAUGUUUUCCUGCUUCUGCUAUCCUACCUCAGUUUAGUCUUCCAAUGUUUCUCUGAAUUCUUCACAUCAUUUAUUGUGGCCUAGUAAUAUUCCAGCUUGUUCGUGUACCAUAAUUUAUUUAGCCAUUCUCUGCUCAAUAUUUAUUUUGCUUCCAGUUCUUCUCUAAACUCAAAAAGUAUCACUGAAUAUUUUGGUGUAUGUGGGACCUUUUGUUUUGUUUUUGACCUCCUUGGAGUAAAUGCCUAGCUGUUUUUCUCUGUUUCACAAGGUAUGAACAUUGUAGUCAGUUGUUUGGGUUUUGUUUGGUUUUUUUUUUUGUAGCGUAAUUCCAAAUUGCUCUUCAGAAUGGUUUUUACCAAUUUGCAGCUUAAUUUAGCAGCAUAUUAGUGUACCUGUCUUAUAGCCCCUCUGCCUAAUCCCAUCUUUUGUCAUCUUUGCCAAUUUGCUGAAUAUAAAGUGAAACCUCAAAGUUA